AGGGAAUAAAAAGAAAAGAAAAGAAAAGAAAAUGAAGAUCAUUUUCAACGAUUUGGAUCUACUUCAUUUAUAUUUCAUUCCAUUCAUGAAUAACACAUUGAUGAAUGUCAUUUAAAUCAUUACGCAAUCAUUACGGAAUUAUCAUUUCAAUAGUGUAAUUCUAAGAGAAAACAAUCGAACUUCUCUAAGUUGCUCCUUUAUUUUUCUCUCUUUCUUUUCUUUUCUCUCUUUUUUUCUUUUCAAUGAGUGAACUAUCAAAUGAAAUCAACUUGGUUGCUAAAAAUGACGACGGUGAUGAUGAUGAUGAUGACGAGAAGGAGGAGGAUACAAUGAAAUCAAAUGAUUAUUUAAAUGGAUUAACUAUAUCAAAUUAUACACAAGAAAUGCAUAGAGAAUUAUCAACUCCAUUAUUAAUGAUAACUAGUCCAAACGAUAUGGUUACUUAUGAUAAACAUGAUCAUGAUCGUGAUCAAGAUCACGAUCAUGAACGUGAUCCACAGCAACAACAAUCUGUAACUAAGGCUAAUCAGAAAAAUCAAUUAACUGUAAAUAAACAACGUUUAUAUUGUAUAAAUCCAUCUAUAAAUUAUUUCAAUAAUAAUAAUAAUAAUAAUAAUAAUAAUAAUAAUAAUAAUAAUAGACGGUAUAGUGAUCAAGGUAGUAGAUUAUCUAAUCAACAAUCAAAUCUAUCAACAAUCUAUAAACGACAAAGUCUAUUCAAUAUUAAUGCGAAUCAUCAUCAUCAUCAUCAUCUUAAUUAUCCUAAUCAGUCUAAUCAACAUCAUCAUUAUCCUAAUCAUGAUUUGUAUAAGACACGUUUAUAUCCACCGACAAGAUUGAAAAAUUCCUCUACAUCUAAUGUUGAUUUAUUAGCUGAAGCAAUAUUGAAAAUGCAAGGUACAUUGAAUUUUCCAGACAAUGAUUCUACUCAUAAAUCAAGAAUAGAUAGUAGACGUUCAACUUUAAGCUCUAUAUCAUCAACAUGUUUUCCAUUGAAUUUUCGUCAUUUAAAAAGAAAAUCAUGUUUUGAUGAAAAUAUUAAAUUUAAUGAAUUAAAAAAUGAUAAUAAAGAAGAUUAUAAUUGUACUAUGGGAUAUCCGACAAUUCAUCAAACAUCUAGUCUUCAAAAGAUCAAUCAACCAAUGAAUAAUAAGGAUGAUGAUGAUGAUGAUGACGAUGCUGCUGCUGCUGACGAUGAUGAUGAUGACAAGUUAACUUAUAGGAAUCAAACCAAUUCCAUGUUAAUACCUACUUGUAUAGUGAAUUAUGAUUCAGAUGAGAAAAUUUGUACAAAUCAUCAAAUUAAUCAGAAACCUCCAUUAAAAUAUCAUUCAACUAAUUUAGAAUUACCUAAUCAUCAAUAUAAUGAAAGUAUUCCCCUUUUAGGAAAUCAUCCAGAUUCCAUGAAUAUUAUAUCAUUACAUGUACCAAAACUACCACAAAUCAAUAAAAGUUUAAGUAGUGAUUGUGAAUUAUCUUUACGUAUAAGAAGAGUAUCAAUGAUAUUGCAACAGAAUAGACAAGAUAUGAUAACAACACAUUCAUCUAAUCAAUAUAAUGAUAGUAAUGAAACUGUCAUACCUAAAUUGAAUAGUUCUGGAUCAUCUACAAUUCAAUUAAAGAAGAAUAAUCCAAAUGAUAUGCUAGAACAUACAAACCCUAUUCAUGAUGAUAAUGAUGAUGAUGGUAGUCCUAUACUGAAGAAAAGUAAACCUUCUAUUGAACUCAUUCAAUCCAAUGAUUAUUUAGAUCCAUUAAAACAAACAUUAAAUCAUGAAACAAAUAAUUUAUUAAAUAAAAAUUCAUUAUUCUCUAAUAAAUUUAAAAAAGAACGUCGUUUAACUGAUAAAUUAUCUAAAGGUAUUGGUUAUCAUCUUGGUAGAAGGCGUCGUUUAUUAGAAAGUCGUAGAAGAAUGGCUGAUUUUGCAUUAGCAUUUAGUAUAUUUGGUAUAUUGGCAGCAUUUCUUGAUAUUGAAUUCAUUUCAAGAUCAUUGUAUAAUAAAAAUAGUAUUUAUUCAACAACUAUGAGAAUCUUGAUUACUUUUUCAACAAUUAUUCUUCUACUACUUAUAAUAUGCUAUCAUACAUAUGAUAUAAUGGUUUUUCUAUGUGAAGAAUAUACUAAAGAUUGGAGAAUAUGUGUAACUAAGCAUAGAGUAAUACAAAUUAUUACAGAAUUAUUGAUUUGCUCAAUUCAUCCAUUCCCUGGUAUUGAUUUAUUUUUUAAUCAUUCAUUCCCAAUAACUAAUUAUAUAAAUUAUAAACGUAAUCAUUCAAUACAUCAUUUAAGUGAUCAUUUUAGUCCAUAUUUAUUAUUAAUUUUACCAAUGUUAGGACGAUUAUAUUUAGCAUUACGUGCAUUAUUAUUACAUUCAAGAAUGUUUAAUGAUGCUGGUUCAAGAAGUAUUGGAGCAUUUAAUAAAGUCAGUUUCAAUUUACAAUUUGUAUUGAAAACACUAAUGACAUUAUGUCCAGCGAAAGCAUUACUUGUUUUCAUUACAACAAUAUGGAUAAUAUUCAGUUGGACAUUAAGAGCUUGUGAAUUGGAACAAGGAGAUAAUCAUUUAUCUUUAUUAAAUUCGGCUUGGCUUAUAUCCGUUACAUUUUUAAGUAUUGGUUAUGGUGAUAUUGUACCACAUACAAGUUGUGGUCGCUUAAUUGCUGUUGCUACUGGUCUUAUGGGUUCUGCUUGUACUGCAUUAUUAGUUGCUGUAUUUUCAAAGAAAUUAGAAAUGACUAAAGCUGAAAAACAUGUACUACAUUUUAUGGAAUCUAGUAAACUAACCAAAAAAGUUAAACAUUGUGCAGCUAAUGUACUCCGAGAAACUUGGUUAUUAUAUAAACAUGCAAAAUUAAUGCCAACAUUUAAUUCACAUCGUGUUCGAGCACAUCAACGUAAAUUCUUACAAGCUAUUUACAGAUUAAGAACAAUGAAGGUGAAACAACGUGAACUUCAAGAUAAAUCAAACUCUUUAGUGGAUUUAGCAAAGCUUCAAACCAAUGUUUAUGAAAGAGUUGCUGAUAUUUCAUUACGUCAGGAGGAUUUCCAAAAUCAACUUACAACAAUUGAAGAUAUGCUCAGAAGUAUACAGAAGGCAUUAUUACAACGGAACAUCAUCAAUUCUGGGUCGGUAGAUAACAGAUGAACCAAAACACUGAAAUAUCUCAACAAUAACACAAAGAGUUACUUACCAUUUGAAUGUAAUUUUAUAAGAAAUAAUCCGAAUACAAUGUUCUAUUCAUAAAUGUAUAUUAACUUGCUUACCUACCUUACCUACCCUACUUACCUAC